AUCCAGAUGCUUCAGUUACUCAUCAAACGAGGCUCAAGGAUCGAUGUCCAGGAUAAGGGAGGAUCCAAUGCCAUCUACUGGGCCUCUCGGCAUGGUCACGUGGAUACUCUGAAAUUUCUCAAUGAGAACAAAUGCCCUUUGGAUGUUAAAGACAAGUCUGGAGAGACAGCCCUUCAUGUGGCAGCCCGAUACGGACACGCGGAUGUGGUGCAGCUUCUCUGCAGCUUCGGUUCUAACCCUGAUUUCCAGGACAAGGAAGAAGAAACCCCCCUACACUGCGCUGCCUGGCAUGGCUAUUACUCCGUGGCCAAAGCCCUCUGUGAAGUUGGCUGCAAUGUGAAUAUCAAGAACCGGGAGGGAGAGACCCCGCUGCUGACAGCUUCUGCCAGGGGCUAUCAUGAUAUCGUGGAGUGUCUGGUUGGACAUGGAGCUGACCUGAAUGCCUCUGACAAGGAUGGACACAUUGCCCUUCAUCUCGCGGUGAGGCGCUGUCAGAUGGAGGUCAUCAAGACCCUCCUCGGCCAUGGGUGCUUCGUGGAUUUCCAAGACAGGCACGGCAACACACCCCUGCACGUGGCCUGCAAAGACGGCAGCGCACCUAUCGUGAUGGCCCUCUGCGAAGCCAGCUGCAAUCUGGACAUCUCAAACAAGUAUGGACGUACUCCUCUCCACCUUGCAGCCAACAAUGGGAUCCUGGACGUGGUCCGCUACCUCUGUCUGAUGGGCGCCAACGUGGAGGCUCUGACCUCGGAUGGCAAGACAGCUGAAGACCUCGCUAGGUCGGAACAGCACGAGCAUGUGGCGGGGCUCUUGGCAAGACUACGGAAGGACACACACAGAGGACUCUUCAUCCAGCAGCUCCGACCCACGCAGAAUCUCCAGCCAAGAAUCAAACUCAAACUGUUCGGCCACUCGGGGUCUGGGAAAUCCACACUGGUGGAGUCUCUCAAGUGUGGGCUGUUGAGGAGUUUCUUCAGAAGGCGCAGGCCCAGGCUCUCCUCCAUGAACUCCACCCGCUUCCCUCCAUCGCCCCUGGCUGCUAAGCCAACAGUCUCGGUGAGCAUUAACAACCUAUACCCCGGCUGUGAGAACGUGAGCGUGAGGAGCCGCAGCAUGAUGUUCGAGCCGGGCCUCACCAAAGGGAUGCUGGAAGUGUUUGUGGCUCCGUCCCAUCACCUGCACUGCUCGGCCGACGACCAGUCCACCAAGGCCAUCGACAUCCAGAACGCUUAUUUGAACGGAGUUGGUGAUUUCAGUGUAUGGGAGUUCUCUGGGAACCCCGUGUACUUUUGUUGCUAUGACUACUUCGCUGCCAAAGAUCCCACAUCCAUCCAUGUCAUCGUUUUCAGUCUAGAAGAACCCUACGAGAUCCAACUGAACCAAGUGAUUUUCUGGCUCAGUUUCUUGAAGUCUCUGGUCCCAGUUGAAGAACCCAUAGCUUUUGGAGGCAAGCUGAAGAACCCACUCCGAGUUGUCCUGGUAGCCACACAUGCUGACAUCAUGAACAUCCCUCGGCCUGCUGGAGGCGAGUUUGGAUAUGAUAAGGAUAUAUCCUUGCUGAAAGAGAUCAGGAACAGGUUCGGGAAUGACCUCCAUGUCUCAAAUAAGCUGUUUGUGCUGGAUGCGGGUGCGUCUGGGUCUAAGGACAUCAAGGUUCUUCGGAAUCACCUGCAAGAAAUACGGAGUCAAAUUGUCUCUGGCUGCCCUCCCAUGACUCACCUGUGUGAGAAGAUCAUCUCAACGCUGCCCUCCUGGCGGAAACUCAACGGACCCAACCAGCUGAUGUCGCUGCAGCAGUUUGUGUAUGACGUGCAGGACCAGCUGAACCCCCUGGCCUCUGAGGAUGACCUCAGGCGCAUCGCGCAGCAGCUGCACAGCACGGGCGAGAUCAACAUCAUGCAGAGUGAGACGGUCCAGGACGUGCUGCUGCUCGACCCUCGGUGGCUCUGUACCAAUGUCCUGGGGAAGCUGCUCUCCGUGGAGACCCCGCGGGCCCUACACCAUUACCGGGGCCGUUAUACCACGGAAGACAUACAACGCCUGGUCCCCGACAGUGAUGUGGAGGAGCUACUACAGAUACUGGAUGCCAUGGACAUCUGUGCCCGGGACCUGAGUAGUGGGACUAUGGUGGAUGUUCCCGCUCUGAUCAAAACAGAUAGCCUGCAGCGCUCCUGGGCGGAUGAGGAGGAUGAGGUGAUGGUGUACGGUGGGGUGCGCAUCGUCCCCGUGGAGCACCUCACUCCCUUCCCCUGUGGCAUCUUCCACAAGGUUCAGGUCAACCUGUGCCGGUGGGUCCACCAGCAGAGUGCCGAGGGUGACGCCGACAUCCGCCUGUGGGUGAGCGGCUGCAGAAUCGCCAACCGAGGCGCCGAGCUGUUGGUGCUGCUGGUCAACCACGGCCAGGGCAUCGAGGUUCAGGUGCGUGGGCUGGAGACGGAGAAGAUCAAGUGCUGCCUCCUGCUGGACUCGGUGUGCAGCACCAUCGAGAAUGUCAUGGCCACCACCUUGCCGGGGUUGUUGACAGUAAAGCACUACCUGAGCCCCCAGCAGCUGCGGGAACACCAUGAACCGGUCAUGGUCUACCAGCCCCGCGACUUCUUCCGCGCUCAGACCCUGAAGGAGAGCUCCCUUACCAACACCAUGGGAGGGUACAAGGAGAGCUUCAGCAGUAUCACCUGCUUCGGGUGUCACGACGUCUACUCACAGGCCAGUCUCGGCAUGGACAUCCACGCGUCAGACCUGAGUCUGCUGACCCGGAGGAAACUGAGCCGUCUGCUUGACCCACCCGACCCCAUGGGGAAGGACUGGUGCCUUCUGGCCAUGAACUUGGGCCUCCCAGACAUGGUGGCCAAGCACAACAUCAGCACCAGGUCGCCUAGGGAUUUCCUUCCCAGCCCAGCGCAUGCCUUGCUGCAGGAAUGGACCUCCUACCCCGAGAGUACGGUCGGCAUCCUCAUAUCCAAACUCCGGGAGCUGGGGCGCCGAGACGCUGCCGACUUCUUACUGAAGGCCUCCUCCGUGUUCAAGAUCAACCUUGAUGGCAAUGGCCAGGAGGCCUACGCCUCAAGCUGUAACAGUGGCACCUCAUACAAUUCCAUUAGCUCGGUGGUGUCCCGGUGAGGGCAGCCUUGGCUUGGGCAGGGCCUUUAUGGACUGAGAUGCAAGGGUGGUGGUGGUGGGGCUCCCCAUCCUUCUCAGUACAUUCCUUCUGCUUCUGAAGACAUCCCCCCCAUCCUGUUCCUUGCUUCCCUACCUCCAUUCCCCUCCCUCUCACGCAUCCCCCAGUCAAGAGCAGACCACAUGCUUCGCUUUGGCCACGCGGGAAGCUAGCCCCCCUCCUGUCAGUGUUUUGGACUCCAUCUCUCGUUCUCUAAUACCUUGCUUCAUAUUCAUAAUUUUAUUGGAAUUCCAAACUUUUCAAUGAAAAAAAUUUAAAGUUCCUUACCAAUUAUCCUUUUUUAAAAAAGAAAAAGAAAGAAAGGAGCAGACAUUUAUCCACAAUGUGUAUUUCUUACCUUUUCUCUGCUGUAGCAGCUCCUCAGCCUAUCUCUUUUAUAUUUGUAGGAGAGGCUCCCAUGCCUGGACCCCACUGUAUGAUUUAUAAACAGACAGUAUGUGAGUGCCUUUUGCAGAAGAGAGUGUGUUGAAAUCGUCUGAGUCAGCCCGGCGCUGUCACCAAGGAAAUGCUACCUCUCUGUCCCUUGCUGUGCGCUGAUCAUCGCCAGAGGUGCUUCACUCUGAGUUGUUGGUUUUGGUUUGGUAUUCUUCCCCCCCCCCUUUUUUUUUCUAGGGAGGGGGCUCUGUGUUUCAUUUGGCAAGGAAAGAGGAAAAAGGAAUCCUCCCCCCAGAGUGUUCAUGGCCAGUGUUGCUGUAAGAAGACAUCUUUUAAGUUGCUUUUGUUAAGACAUCCAUGUGAACAUACAUGUACAUGAAACCUACCGACCGUCAUGCCUCACCGCUCCCUCCCAUCUCAGGUAGAAGGUUGACACAGUGUAGGGUUAUGGAGACCCGUGUUAAGAAUUCCGAAGACCCCAGCUCAUAAUCUGUGGCAGUCCGUUGUCAUUGGCGCAUAGCAGAUGGGUCCUAUGUUGAGAUCCUGGUUUGAUCACUUCCUGUACUUGAAGUCUGAAAGAGAAAGAAAAGAGAAGAAACAAGUUUUCUUGGGGUGAUUGAGAUUGUGAUCGAAUUCUAAAUCACUAUGAAGGAACAUGUUUUAAUUCUGUCCUGAGAAGCAUGUUACGUUACCGUAUCAUCUGUACAUAUAUAUAUGCACUAUGUAUAUACAUAUAUAUUAAUACUGGUAUUUUUACUUAAUCUAUAAGAUGUCGUAAAAGAAUUAAGUUUGUUUUUUUUCUUUUGUUUUAUAAAUAAACUGUUGCGUAUUGCAUUUGAU